AUGGAUUUCCAGCCUGGAAGCGGCCUAUCGGCCUCGGAUAUGGUGUUUUUCGACACCAUCACGCCCCUUUCGCCUUCCAAGCGAAUCGAGUACGAGCCCUCGAGUCUCGACAGCGAGAGAAGAAUCCAGGAGCUGGACUCCUGGCAUACCCUGUCAGAGAAGAAGCGUAAGACCCGCAUCAAGUUCGAGAACCUCUUGCGCGAAUGCUGCGCUAGACGCUCGAUCUGUAAAGGUCUUCUAGGAGAUGCGGUCGUAAAGUACUCCACCAUCUACACCAAGCUCUUGCCCAGCAGCAAGUCUGUGACUAAGCUGCAGCGCUUGUUGCGUUGGCACAACGACGAAGAUCCCCCCUAUCUCAAAUGGAGCCGUCAGGUCUGCCUAGCCGCACUGUCUUCUCGUGGCAUCGUCCUGGACGAUCCAGACAGCAUGAGCAGAUUCCACUGCCGCGCCGCCCUAGACGAAGCUGAUGAGAACGCCUCGUUGCGCUUUAUGGACCUACCUAGAGAGGUCCGCGACAGCAUCUACGGUCACGCCCUUUAUCAGCCCGCCGUGAUAAAGAGAGUUGCCACUACCACGCCAGCCCUGCUUCAGGUUAGCUCACAGGUGCGCAAGGAAAGCCAGCCAGUUUACCUCAGCAUCAACCGCUUCCAGCUGCACUCUCGCUUCCGCAUCCCAGCUAGACGCCAGGAGAACAACUUCCUCACCCACUACGCCUACGACCUGAACCGCGAGGACUACGACUGGCUGCUCUACAUUGGCAAAGAGAAUGUAGCAAAGAUUCGCCGCGUUGCCAUCACGAUUCUCGGCGACUGCACCGACUGGCCAGACACCCUUCACCCCGACCUCAAAUCCCCCUAUGUGGGCAAGUGGAUGCGUUUCAACUCCUGCCAACAUGACGGAUGUGAGGAACGUGAUCAACAGACUAUGAGCGAGUGGGCAGAGUCUUGUUCAAUCAAAGCAAAGCAGACCGCAGCCGAGGCAGAGAACGAUGAUGUUGAUCCUGAAGAUUCGGCUGCAAAGGCUGCUUGGGCCGCUAAACGUGACAAGGACCUCCAGACUUGUCUUGCAAAGGCUCAGCUCAGAUUGAACGUAUUCAACAAGCAUUGCGGAAAGGGCAAGACUGUUGCGCCUACCAUUGAAGGUCUUACACUGCUUGCCAACGCAGUUCAUGAGAUUUUGAAGAAAAUGCAGCCUCGCGAGUGA